UUGACUUAAACAUGAUGAUCUCCCAACCAAUCCAGAACAUUGGAGUAUGAAGGGGGAAAAGUUACGUAAUUACGGUCCUGAAAAAUUUGAACAUUGAACAGGGUGAAGAGUGAGAGUUGCAGUAUUGUAAAAAGAACGACGGUUACACUGGAUCGAUCUACGCAUGCGUUUAUAAUCUUGAAUAUGUAACAAACUUUUAAAUGAUCAUAAAAACAUGAAAGGAAAAAACUUACAAGUCCACGAGGAGCAACCACGAAACAUUUAAAAACUUAUUCUUGCGCAAAAUCAGUACGCCCUCUAUCGAUUGUAAGCUGACAGUUGUCAGCUGUUCCAGUAAACAAAGGGUGGCGUUUCGAGAUGGACGCUGAAGAGAGUGGUGCUAUUUCAAAAGAAUUAUUAGAUAGCUCGAACAAGUCUUUAAAUGAUGAAGAAUCAUUAUUAUCAAUGUCUGAUGAUGAGGAGGGAAAUGAUAACUGGUAUUAUAUGCCAAAUUCAAUUUUAUUGAGUGUUUUUAAACUCCUUACUCCUAGAGAAGUGGUAACUGCUGGUAUGGUGUGUAAACAUUGGUGUAGAGUAUCCCAAGAUGAACUUUUAUGGAAGGAUUUAUUCUACAGAACCUAUAAAAUUGAUCCAAGUGUUGGAAUUAUGCCAGGAAAGUCGUCUUGGUUGGGCGAAUUCAAAAGAUUGGCAUAUCAUACACCUUUACUUGAAACUGAGGUACUUUCAGAACAUUCUCAUCAAGUUCUACACGUCAGCUUUUCUCAUAAUGGCAAAAUGUUUGCAACUUGUUCAAAAGAUGGUUAUAUUUUAGUUUGGGAUAGUCAAUAUCCGGUUACGAUCAAGUAUCAACAUGAUAUGAAGGCUUUUAGUUGGAAAUAUACACAAUUUUCUCAAUUUAACUCUUCGGAUACUUUACUUCUUGUUUCUGGAGUUCAUUUUGGAACACCUCAUAGCACCUCUGGAGAAAUUGCCGUUUUUAGACUAGCUCCUGGCUUUCAUCUACAAUGCAGAGUAGGAAACAAGCCUUAUGACAUAUUUGGAACUUGGUACAGCGAACGUCACCUAUUAAGUGGUGAUUUACACUGGCUUGCUCAUUUGGUAAGCCAAAGUGUCCUUUGGCUCAAUAAGGCAAAUCAGGAGUCAGCUAGUGAACAUGUACCGAUAAUGAAUCAAUUAUACAAAUUUUAUAAUUUUAAUGCUGCUUCUAUUCGAGCUGUAAUGGUAGCUAAUUGUCUAUGUCCAGCAUCAACCGAAACAGAACAACUUGAAAGCCAGCAAUCCACUUCAAGUCAAAAAGAAGAACGAGGAAAUCCUCCAAGUCAUAGAGAGCUUUCUUCAGCUUCAUCUGGAAGUGGUCAAGUGCAGGAAGAACCGGAAAUUUUACAUCAUGCUUCAUCUAGACUUCAAUAUAGCACGUUAGAAGGUGGUUUUAUGAAUUGGAAAAGAUUAGGAGAUGGAUUUGAAUAUGCUAGUCCUAUUAGAUAUAAUCAAGAAUAUCGUCAAGUUGAAAUGGAAAAGGAGACAAUGGAAAGUGAUAGUGAAACUGAAGCUCAUCAGUGGGAAGAUGAAAGUGAAUUAUCAGAAUUAUCAGAAACUGCAGAUGAUUGCGAUUCAGAUGAUUUAGCGGAUAAUCCUGAAAAAUUUUUGAUUUUUACUACGGGUUCUAAGACUUAUACUCCGCAUCAAGUAGGAUUUAAGAAAAUUAAAGCAGUCAAUUUCCCUAGAAGACUCGACCCUGGUCCGUCAUUGAAAGAAAGAUUAGCUCAACGUGAACGAGAACGGGAAAGACAAAAUUCCGGGUCUCGUCCCGAGCCUAAUUGGUUGGAUUACGAUUCUGUUGCUGAGAGAUUUGACAAAGUAGAUCAUCUUAUUGAUCUUCAUGGACACAUUAUAGGAAUGGGCUUAUCUCCGGAUCAUAGAUAUCUUUACGUAAACACAAGACCAUGGCCCCGAGGAUAUGUUAUUACAAAUCCUCUUCAACCACCACCGAUCGCUCAAGAAAUAGAUAUACAUGUAAUUGAUCUAGUAACUCUAAAACAAGUAGGCACAAUGUUAAGAGCGCACAAAGCUUAUACGCCCAAUAAUGAGUGUUUUUUCAUAUUUCUUGAUGUUUGCGAUGAAUAUGUCGCAAGUGGUGCUGAGGAUAAGCAUGGCUAUUUAUGGGAUCGUCAUUAUGGAGUAUGUUUAGCUAAAUUUCCUCAUAAUGAUGUAGUCAAUGCUGUCGCAUUCAAUCCUCGUGACCCUGAAAUGCUUGUGACAACUAGUGAUGAUUAUACUGUUAAAGUUUGGAGAAGUCGUGCAAUGGUAAAAUCUCUUGGUCUUGAUGAAGAUAAUUUUCGCAGAGGUUUAGAGGUACGAAAAAGACGUAGAUAUCAUCGAGGUAGUUGUAACGUUGACUGAUUAAAAACCAUUCAGUUUCCAAUUUAAGAGUCUCCUAAUUUACUUGAAUUUAAGUUUCCAUAAAAAGUACCGAGAAAUUUUAUUACAUUAAUGUUGCAGAUUUAACAAAAAUGUAAGAAAAUUUUCAGAAAUGGAACUUGCAAAAAAAAUGUGAUAUUUACUUAUAUAGGAGAUUUAAAACAGGAAACUGAAUUAAUUGUUAAACUAAUACUAUAUAUUAAAAUUAAACUUCAGUGAAACUAAAUUGAAUGUAAAAAAUGAAAGAGCAACAUAAUCCAUCAGAUGAUUCGGAGUGGAAGGGAUGUUAAGUUUUGAUAGGGUAAAAAUUUUUAAGUCUUAAAUUUAUUAGAUACUAUAUACAUUUAUUAUUUUUUUGAAGAUCAACAAUAUGUAAAUAUUUUAACAAAUGAAGCAAGCACAAGGAUACAUAUAGUGAAUGUUGCUUAUCCAUUAUACUUUGAUGAUAUACGUAUCAAGUUUUUGAUCAUAUAAAUUUAAUAUCAUACUGUUAUUAAAACUCAGAUCUCAACAAUUUUAACGUAUGUCACACAUACACAAAUGUUAACAAUUUAUUUUUUUCCUAGCAUAUAAGCUAUCGUGAUAAGUUGACGAUAUAUAUUAUAUCAAAUUAUUUCAUCACAAAAGAUAUUUUCUUUGAUCUUGCAUACUAGUAAUAAGAAAAAAAUUAUUCGAGCACAAUAAGAGAAAAUAUUUGUAAUAAAAAACAGGAUCUAUAACAACUGUAGAUUUACAAAUAUUUUGUUUUAAGUAAAUACACUUAUACGUAUUAAACCUGCUUAUUAUUUGUAUUAUGUGUCAUAAAUAAUGAUAAUUUUAAGCACCAAUUUUAAUUGUAAAAAA